AUGCGGCUGCUCUGGAUUGCGCCCGUGCUGCUGGCGCUGGCCUCGGCCACCACCACGCUCAGCGAUGAUGCAGCCUCGUUGAUGACGCUCCAGGGAACCAAGGAUCCCCUCAGCAUCGAGGUCCCCAAGACCGGCACGUACGAGUCCGUCACCACCACCAUCACCGUGUCGACGAGCGGCAGCCUGGACUUGACGACCACCCCGACCGCGUCUGCCUCGGCCAACGCCUCCGACACCACCGGGUCGGCCGCUGCCAGCACCACGACUUCGGCCUCCAUCACCCUCCUCGUCGGCGGCCAGGGCGAUGCUCCCAAUGCCACCGCCAACGGUACCAUGGCUGCGACGUCCGCGACCUCGUCCACCGCGCUGCCCACCAACACCCAGCCCUGCAACGGCUAUCCCGAGUUCUGCGCCCGCAAUUACUCCAACAUCACCGUCGUCGCUGCUCACAACAGCCCCUUCGUCCGCCCGGGCAGCUUCGCGGCCAACCAGCAGUACCCCGUCACCACCCAGCUGAAUGACGGGAUUCGCAUGCUGCAAUUCCAGACUCACUACGCCAAUGAGACCAUGUACCUCUGCCAUACCUCCUGCGACCUCUUGAAUGCCGGCACCCUCGAGGCCUAUCUCGUCGAGGUCGUGCAGUGGCUGCAGAAGAACCCGUACGAUGUGAUCACCAUCCUGAUGGGCAACUACGACCUGGUUGCCCCGACCAAUUUCACGGCCCCCAUCAUCAACUCGGGCCUGAUCAACUACGCCUACACGCCGCCCAAGAUCCCCAUGGGCUUGGACGAUUGGCCGCCGCUGUCCCAGAUGAUCCUCACCGGCAAGAGGGUCGUCAUCUUCAUGGACUAUCAGGCCAACCAGACCGAGGUCCCCUACAUAUUGGACGAGUUCAGCCAGAUGUGGGAGACGCCCUUCUCGCCGACCGACCGCAACUUCCCUUGCACCGUGCAACGCCCGCCAAACCUGGCGCCGCAGGAUGCGAAGAACCGCCUGUACAUGGCGAACCACAACCUCAACCUGGAGGUGUCGUUCGCGGGACUGAAUAUUCUGGUCCCCAACACGGCCCUUCUGAACGUGACGAACGGCGUGUCGGGAUACGGCAGUCUCGGCUGGAUGGCGGACAACUGUACUACGAUGUGGAACCGACCGCCCAACUUCUUGCUGGUCGAUUACUACAACGACGGCAGCGUGAACGGGUCCGUCUUUGAAGUGGCGGCCAUGAUGAACAAUGUCACCUACAACGGGCAUUGCUGCGGUACUCAGUCGUCGACGGCAUCCGGGGUGACACCCCCGUUGGGGCUUAUGAACGCCGUGUGGGCGGCGACUUUGAUCAGCUUUGUUUGGUUUCUGCUAGGGGCGUAG